AAGUGAAUAGUUAGUAAAGUGACUCAGUUAAUUCAGUUGUCGUGCAACGCCUAGUGAGUUCGGUCGUUGUCGGUCGCUACUCCAUUCGAGAUCUCGUUCGAUAACUUUCACUUUUGUUUCGCCAAACAUAAAUAAACAUUACAAAAAUAUUCUUGGUUGUUAUAUUUAUAUAAAAUAGAAUAAACUCACUAAUAACUAAUGUGUUCCGUCGUGUGAUUAAUCUGCUCAAAAAGUGCUGAUUGUGUUUUUCCACCGAGACGAAUAACACGUCUUGAUUUAUUGCUUCAUUCGAAUUAGCAAUGAUAAUACUACGUGAAACUUUAAUAACAUAAUGUUUAAAAAACAGUAAAUAUAAGCAAGUAGUAGAUACUAAGAUUUACUCAUUUUCAACACCGUAUGUAGGUACUUCUCUUAAACAAGCCGAAAGUGUAAUAAAUAAAGGGCCACACACUGAGAAGUAGGUGGACAGCAUGGGAAAAGAUUAUGGAGAGCCGAUACGAUAUGAUCCGAAUUUCAAUGGACCAAUACACAAGCGAUCUUGUACAGACAUCAUCUGGCUACUUGCAUUCAUACUAUAUAUUUGUCUAUGGGGUUACGUAGGUUAUUAUGGUAAAACACAUGGAGACAUUGAAACAUUAUUGGCGCCUAUGGAUUCAAUGGGCCGUCGGUGCGGCCUUAAUUCAUACGUUGAAGACAAAAAGUACUUAGUGUUCUUCGAUAUUUCACAAUGUCUGCGACCCGAUACCGCCAUCGCAGGCUGUCCUACGACACAGGUUUGCGUCAAAGAAUGUCCAAAAAAUACAAUACUCUUCGAUACCCAGCUGACACCUGCAUCUUUCGAGACCAUGAAGAGUAGCAUGGUUUGCACCAUCGAUGUAAACAUGAACACGCUGACUUAUGAACAAGCAAAGAGACAUAUACAGGACGGGGCAUGUGCCAAAUAUGUAUUGAAAAGUCAGCCAGUAUUGUUCCGCUGCAUCGGCGACCUAUCUACCAUGCCGCAAUGUAAGGAGGCUACAACGACAGCUAGCUCCAUAUGGGGACACACCGGUAGCGGUGGCACCUGCGUGCGGAACCCCAAAGAGGCACAGAAAUCGUUAUUCAACAGUGCGACAGCUCUCGACUCAUAUGUGGGCUGGAUUGCCGCUAGCUGGGUGACAUUCUUUACGAGCAACGAACGAGAUACCCACGUUUUGUCGGCGCAGAUAGUGCAAGACUUGGUACAGUCGCGGUGGUACAUGGCGGGCGGAGUGGUGGCCGUGAUUGUCAUCUGUUUCAUAUAUAUUUGCCUGCUGCGGUGGGUGGUCGCCCCCGUAGUAUGGUUAUCCAUCGGUGGAUUUUUCGCAUUGCUCGGAUUUGCGGUUUACUUGUGCUACAAGAACUACAAGUAUUACCUCGAUAACCCAAUACACAUGUCGUCGACUACCAACCUUCUGGGCUACACGCAAUCCAUGUUCACUAAACACCAAACAUGGCUGGCCAUCCUUAUCAUCGCUGCCAUUACACUUGUCGUAAUGUUGCUCAUAGUGAUAUUCUUGAGGGGACGCAUAGUUAUUGCCAUAGCGCUUAUACGGGAGGGAAGCAAGGCCGUUACCGCUAUCAAAACAACUGUUUUCUUCCCAAUAUUCCCGUGGAUCUUACAGUGUUUUGUAAUCGCAUAUGGCGUCUUCGUACUUAUGAGUUUGAUUUCUAUUGGUGAAUCUACAUUCAAGGUGGUCAAUCUUAAGAAUGAUACAAAUUGUCAAUGUAGCAGAAAUUAUACGGAUUACACAAAUUGCAAUCCGCUUGAAUUCUCGUCGAGUUGUCGCGACAGUAGCAGCGGAUCACCACAGGCUUGCAAACUCGCCUCUUGCCAUUUUACAGGACUGGAGGGCCCACAUGUCAUCAUUUACUUGCACUUGGUGAAUUUACUGGGCUUUUUCUGGAUGAUGUUUUUCAUCAGCGGUGUGUCCGAUAUGAUGCUCGCAAGUACAUUUUCUACAUGGUAUUGGACGUUUAAAAAGAAGAACCUUCCAUUCUUCACUCUCACAUCUGGCAUAUGCAGAACUAUUCGGUAUCAUUUAGGUACAGUUGCCUUUGGGGCACUUAUCAUCGCCAUAGUACGAGUAAUAAGAGUGAUUCUAGAGUACGUUGAUCACAAGCUGAAGAAGUUUGACAACGCCUUUACGCGCUGUGUACUGUGCUUUUGUAAAUGCUGCUUCUGGUGCUUAGAGAAUUUCUUAAAGUUUAUCAACAAAAAUGCGUAUAUUAUGUGCGCAGUACAUGGAAAUAACUUCUGUACGAGCGCAAGAGACGCUUUCUCUUUGCUUAUGAGGAAUAUUAUUCGCGUAGUAGUAUUGGACAAGGUAACGGACUUUAUAUUUUUCCUGUCCAAAUUAUUGAUCUCAAUCGGUGUGGGUUUCGCUGUGUACUACCUCUUGCAGUGGAACUACGUAUAUGAAGUGACGCAAGGAGCGCGUCUCCACUAUAACUACAUUCCUGCUAUUAUAUUAAGCAUUAUUACAUACCUCAUAUGCUCCAUUUUCUUCAAUGUUUACUCAAUGGCUGUUGACACACUAUUCCUUUGUUUCUUGGAAGACUGUGAAAGAAAUGAUGGAUCACCAGAGAAACCUUAUUUUAUGUCUAAAAAUUUGAUGAAAAUACUGGGAAAGAGAAACAGGAAAUCAGAUAGUGCCAAACAUGUUGAUAACUAAGUGAUACAAGAGUUGUGAAAUUCCAAGUAGAUCUACCUGUGAUUAAUUAUAUUACAAACUUAUGAAUCACUAAUUGUGAAUUUAUUAUACACGAAAUCAAGACCAUGUGGUCAGUUCCAGGAGAGCUUCCAGAGGCUUCCAGAGGAUGUUCUAGACAUUCUCAAAAUAAUAAUAUUUCUAAAAAAAGUUCAGUUUAAAAUG